UUGGAGAUCAUGUUGGAGGCCAAAGUGUGGCGAGAGGCAGCCACACAAGUCUUCUUUGCACUGGGUCUGGGCUUCGGGGGUGUCAUAGCCUUUUCCAGUUACAACAAGCGCAACAACAACUGCCACUUCGAUGCCGUCUUGGUGUCGUUUAUCAAUUUCUUCACCUCCGUGCUGGCCACCCUGGUGGUGUUUGCUGUGCUGGGCUUUAAGGCCAACAUCAUGAACAGCAAAUGCGUUGCUCUAAAUGCUAACAAGAUAGUGGCGUUGUUGGGGAAUGGCAUCGAACCCAGCCUCAUUCCACAGCACAUAAACCUGACUCAGGUUAGUCAGCUCAGCGCUGAUGACUACCAUCACAUUACUGAGAUCCUCAGAGGAGUGAAGGAAGACAACUACGAGAAGCUGGGCCUGGAAUCCUGCAGCAUUGAAGAUGAGCUCAACAAGGUACAACAAGAAAAAAGAAAGAUAGCAGCCAAAUAUUAUCACCAAUUUUGUUUUUAUUAAGGUAAAAGGUUUAAACACUUCU